GCAAGAAGCGAGAGAGAGAGAGAGAGAGAGAGAGAGAGAGAGAGAGAGAGAGAGAGAGAGAGAGAGAGAGAGAGAGAGAGAGAGAGAGAGAACGAUGAUGAUGGUGAAGGCUAUAUGGGAGACUGCAAAGGAAAUUACGUUGCAGAGGAUCAUCAUGUCAUACCAGCUCCGUUCUGCAGCUCUUCUCCUUCCAAAUCAGUUGGAUGGUCUGUGUGUGAUCGUCACGGGCUCCACCAAUGGCAUUGGUUAUCACACAGCCAGAGAACUUGCUUUCGCCGGUGCAUGUGUGAUAAUGGCUUGCCGGAGAGUUGAUGCGGCAAAGAAGAUUGCUGAAAGGUGGAAAGAAGACGCAAAUAAUAGCAAGACCCUGCAUGUCGAGGUGAUGGAACUGGACUUAUUGUCCCUUAGCUCAGUUAGGCAAUUCGCAGCUCAGUGGGAUCAAAGUGGAAAGCCCCUUCAUAUUCUCAUCAACAAUGCCGGGAUUCUUCUCCUGGGAGAGCCGACGCAAUUUUCGGAGGAUGGACUUGAGAAGCAUAUUCAAGUUAACCACAUUGCGGCCUCGCUGCUCGCCCUUCUUCUGCUCCCUUCAAUGCUCAAAGCCAACUCUGCUCGCAUUGUUAACGUCAAUUCCGUGGGACAUCACUGGGGAGUUGUGGAACCCGAGUCCUGGAAAGUGGGCGCCAAGGAAGAACGUAAGUUCAGCAGCAUGACGUCCUAUGGAUCAAGCAAACUAGCCCAGCUCAUGUUUCUAAAGGCUCUAAGCACGAAGCUCGUAAGUAUGGCAAAGACUUCGGUACUAUGCGUAGCCGUGCACCCUGGAAUCGUCGAAUCAAACUUGCUGUCAGAUGGCAGGAUGAGAGGAUUUUGGAUGUUGGAUCCUUCUGAAGGGGCCAGAAACGUCCUAUUUUGCUCUGUCGGAGCUGAUGUACCGCGCAACACCACCGAGAACUUUGCAUACUAUAGCCAGUGUAAGCCAGGAAGGAUGUCGGGCCUUGCAGAUGAUCCGAAGGAAUGCUUGAUAGUUUGGGAUGAAACACUGCGCAUUUUGGGUUUCAGUCCCAACGACUAUCUGUCUGAAAUUAUUGCAAGCAGAAGCUUCUCUUGACCACUCUCUGUAUAAUGAUCUUUCUUCCCUUCCCUUAUGUUGUGCGGAGACAUGUUGGCUCAAGCUUUAGGUGUGAAAAUAAGACGUUCAAUAUGGUGGGGGAAUGAAAACUUGUACAGAGAAUUGCAGCACAAGUAUGAUGUGUUGGGCCACUAUUGACCUUAGAGACGUGGUGCUUAAAACUUCUCUUAAUCACUCUCCGGUGAUUUUUUCCUCUUCUUGCAUUGUCUGCUGCCCCAUGUAACUUCGGUCACAUAAUUUACCCAUCACCACUAAA